AUGACGCCACCUCCUCAAGCUGGUCAUGUAGGACCAGCACCACCAAUGCCUCCACAGGUACAGGCUAUGAUGCAGGAAAUGUACAAGAAACAACCAAAGCUUCAACAGAAUCAGCAGAUGCAACCUCCUGUGCCAUAUCAACAGUAUCAAGGUGGUCGAGGAAGAGGACGUAACAGCGGACGUGGACGAGGACGUGGACGUGGACGUGGAGGUUUCCAGCAGCAACAUUACCGGCAGAAUCGAGGACAUAAUAAAUUUCAGUGCAAGCGACUGAGAGGAACAAAGGAUGAUGUACAAGACGCAUCGAGAUUCUAUCUGCCUUCGUUUCUGGAAGACCCGUGGAAAGCGCUCGAAGGUGGCAAUGAACAAGGCAGUGAAAAAGAUCACGAUAUGGUCGGAAAUACACAGGUCGGAGAAGGAACACAGUCGAGAGAGAGGGUGCAAGUACGACAUCAAGAGCAGUGUGUUGCCAAAGACGAGCUUGGACGAGUACUCUUUCAACCGUCGUUCCUGGAAGAUCCGUGGAUAAGUUUUUGA